UAUGAACAUAAUUUUCAUUCUGUGUUUGCCUACAGAAUUUCCACUUGGUACUGUUGAAUACACAAAUGUAUCUUUUAAUGUUGCAGUUCAAGCAGCCUGGUUCUGUUGCACAGAGGGAUAAAGUUCCAACUACAACCCAGACAGCUGUAACUGGAGUAUGAAGGCUGGUGACAAAAAUAAAUAAAUAAAUAAAAUAAAAUCUCUAUCAUAGAGAAACAAAUUAAAAAUGUCAUUAUAUAAAACUUGCUUGACAAACUGCACUAACAACUGGAGUGUUGCAAAACGCAAAAUGUCUACAAUUGACUUAACCUUUAACAGGAAAAUGUCCAAGCAACGACCAUCUCAUGUCAGAUCCAUUCAGGCCAACAUCAAUAUUCCUAUGGGUGCUUUCCUUCCUGGUGCUGGACAUCCCACAAAAAGGAAAGAUUUUACAUCAGGAGAAGAGGUCACUGCCAGUCACACAGAGGAAGAAAAGAAACAACUGCCAGGAGCAGUAAAACUUCCGGGACCUGCUGUUAACUUGUCAGAGAUUCAGAAUGCAAAAAGUGAACUUAAAUAUGUUCCCAGAGCUGAUGAGUAGUAACACAGAAGGUCGGAUAAGAAAACUCAUGAGAAGAAUGUAUCCUGUAAUGAACCACAUGAAUUUGUUACCAUUUUGUACCUUUAUAAGAGGUUUAUAAACUACUGAUGCAACAGAAUACACUCAGAAUAUUUUAUCUGUACAUUUGUAUUAUUCAUUUUGUUAAUACAUGUCUUCACUAUUAAAAUCUGACAUAAUGCAUUACACAGUAUCACUGGAAAAAGAUAUGUGCACUUAAUUGAAAAUAUAAUAUAUGCAAUAAAGUAUAUCUAUUCCUCUUGCUCUC